GGCCGCCGGCCGGGUCAGAGCGCCGGGACAAGGCGGGGCUGCGCCAUCAGGCCGCUGUCCCGGGCCCUCCGUGUGGCCGCCUUAUGCCAGCGGCCGCCACGAAAAUGAGCAGGCCUGGCCGGCCCGGGCCCCGAGGGUGGCCGGCCGCGAGCGGAGAGGUCGGCGGUCCGCAGAGCAGGGUCCAGUGGACCGGAGAGCGGGGUGCCGAGGUUCAGGACGCAGGGCGGGCCCGGGGCCCGAGGCGGGAGGGCAGCGUCUGCGGAAAGGAGCAGGGACCAUGGGGUCACGGCGUGGGAGGGGGAGGCCGCGGCAGGCUCCCCGGGCCUCCGUGCGGGCUUCAGCGAGUGCGGGAAGCCGGUGCCGGCCUUCCGGGGUGGGAGGAGAGGCAGCCCCUGCGGGGGAGAGUAGGAAGCCAGGCAGUGUGUGGGAAACCACGCUACCCAUAAGCUCCUACACCUGAAACUGGCCCCAGGACAUUCUCCAGACCGCCAAGUGUACCCCUCUUCUCAUCCGCCCUCCAGAGGACGCCGGAUUUUAGAUCUUAAGUCUGCUGGUCUCGUCAGAUACCCCUCCUGUUUGGUUCUUUCCUUCUCAUUGUCCUAUCUGAUAGGACAGUGUUAGUAAUCUGUUUAGUAAGUGGGGAAACAGAGUCAGGGCUGCUGGGUUACUUGCCCAAGGUCAUAUCCUGGGGGAGCCACAGCAAGAAGCCAAGACUCUCACGGACUAAUUCUAAGCUUUUCCCAAAGGAUAUAAUAGCCUUUCUAAUAGGAAAAUCAAUGUUUUUAAUUAUAAAGCCACUUUUACAAAAUCUUGGGAAAACUGCUUCCUCAGACCUGUGAUCUAGGGAGAAAAAUAGGACAAUUUCUCCCUUACUAAUCACGGAGGUCCCUGAUAGGCGGCGGAGUUGUAACUUGAAGACCUCACAGCAGGUGGAGAGGCAGAGCUGUGAAUUCUACUCUAAUUUCUGGAAUCCCCAGCGACAGAGUCCAACCCCAGGCAGCAGGCGCCAUGUACUCCAGGGACUUUUAAUGUGUGUGCAGCUGUUGAGCAAGAAUACCUUGAACUUCCAAAUGAUGUGCCGGCACGCUGGUAGGGAAUUCCUUUGUAGCUUGUGUUCCAAGUUGGAAGUGAGUCCUCCAAAUAAAAAUGUAAAUGCCUUUCCUGGUCAUCACAGCAUGUAGCAGAAUGUGCAGUUGUCAAGAAGAACCAGGUGCUUAGGUUGACAAAACAAAUAAUGGUAGCAUCAUACUAUUAUUUCAUUAAAUAAGAAAGCCAGCAUUUUGAUAGGACAUAUUAGAGGGAAACAAGGAAUAUGCAUUGAACCACUGCAUUUCUUAAAAGUAGGAAUUCAGUAAUUAGGAUCCUGAAGUAAGAAGAAAUUUUUUUUAAAAAAAUAGAUCAUGUGGGCCAGGUGUAGUGGCUCAUGCCUACAAUUUCAGCAUUUUAGGAGGCCGAGGCAGGAGGAUCACUUCAGGCCAGGAGUUGGAGACCAGCCUGGGCAGGAUAAUGAGACCCAAUCUCUACAAAAAAAAAUUUUAAAUAAUGUUUAAAAAUUAGCCAGGGUUGGUGGUGCUUACCUGUAGUCCUAGCUAUUUGGGAGGCUGAAGUGGGA